AUGAAGGUCAAGGCAACCAAGAACGAGCAUGGGUCACAUGACGUCGCAAAGCAGGACAACUCUUAUGAACUUGCACUGUGGAAGAAGGAGGCCACAGGUGGCUUCUCUUGCAUCGUACCCGUUGAGGAAUUCUUCUCCAAGUAUAUGCAAGUGCCGAAUCCACCAACCAACAAGGAAUUGAGGAUCACGCGUGAUAGCGCGACUGUAUCUCAUCGUAAAGCCCUCAAACAAGUCGGAAAGCAGGAGAAACAGAUGUACGAGCCAUUUGCAGAAUAUCUCACGAAGCUAGUCUCGAAAUUUGAUCCCAGCCGGCGUCCUCUCUUUGGUGCGACAUGGGCUACCGUCUUCAAGACUUUGCACAAGACAGAUCAUGUGUCCAAACCGGACAUAGCUGUCUCGAAACCGGACCUCUUCGACGAUAAUGGGCCGCUGAAUACACAGGAGAGUCAGGAAGCUCUAGCCCAACUCACCCACAACGCUCGCCGAAUCUUCAUGGCUCAAGGCUCCUCCUACGUUUUUCUUCUCUCUGUCUUCGAUGUCAACGCUCGCAUACUCCGGGUCGAUCAUUCCGGCUACAUCGUGUCUGAAAGCUUCAAGUGGACCGCCAAACAGAGCACCCAUAUGGCCCAGUUUUUCUGGCGCUUGUUCAUGGGCCCUUCUGAGGACGGUCGUUAUCUCGGCGAGGAUCUCUCUACUUCCGUCCCAACACCCCGGCAGCAACUUCGCUUGUUAAAGAUGCUCAAGACCCUUGCGGGCUACGAGGACGAUAAGCAGGCGGCGGCGGUCAUCAAGUCCAGCCGUUGCAUCGACGUUGGCACUGGCAGUAACAAAAGGCGAUGCUUUACCAUUGGUCCCCCGUUGCACCAAUCUAAAGGGCUCUUUUCCCGCGCUACUCGUGUGGAUCGCGUUUUAAUUGAGGACGAGGAAAAUCCUCGAUUUCAUGUGCUCAAAGAAGCUUGGACUCAGAAGUGUCGCCUUCCCGAAUAUGUCUUCUACAAGAUACUGGAGCAUAAGUACCCCACAGGGGCCCUAGGCCUGACCACCUGUAUCGCUAGCGAAGACUUGAGCAGACGCGUCGGCCAAGUACAUUCUACUAUAACUGCCGCCCUUCGUGAAGACGGACACGAGUUUCAAGACCGCUAUCGGCAACGCACAGUUAUGGAGGACGUUGGUAUCCCAUUGUACGAGUAUCCGGACACGAAGACAUUCAUUUCAGCUGUGCAUGAUGCAAUGCAAGGCCAUCAAGCAGCGGUCGACGCCGGCAUCGUCCAUCGCGACGUUAGUGUUGGGAAUGUUCUCAUAAAACAAGGCCCAAAUGGACUUGAAGGGUUCAUUCUUGACUUCGAUGUCGCCAUGCUCACGGAGGAAGGCUGGAAGACAUUGACUCUACUGGGACUGUCGAACAUUAUCAGCACAGCCGCACUCAACUUCAUCAAGGAGCUCAAGGAUAUGACCGGCACUUAUGCAUUUGUUUCGUUAGCUGUCUUGACUGCUCACCAGGAGCGAGUAUCCCUCCUACAUCGUUUCGAAUACGACAUCGAAUCUUUCUACUGGAUUAUCCUGUGGGUCCUGCUCCGUCAUACCCAACAUUUGCAUGUAGACAGAGCUCUGGCCUGUGCAAAUUUUUUCGACCAUCCAAGUGACUCAAUUGCCCUAUCAAUCAAACGCGACUGGUUACUCUCCGGCGAUGCCAAGAUCUUUUCCAACAAUCCCAACCUGGCCACCCUCGUCUCUGACCUUCGGGCGCCACUUAGAGAGGCACUCCAUGACCCUGACUCUCUGACCUACAACAAGAUGUUCCGCCACUUCGUCGCGGCGCGCAAUAAACAUGACUGGCCAGAAGGCGAUGUUGCCAUGCCGUUUACGCCGCCCAACCGCGCAGAAGGGGCAGCCACCCAGGACUAUCAAACUGUUGUGCGGAUUCAAGGUGGACCAAUCUCCUCCUCUACUUGGAACCCCCAUGUGUCUCGCAGCCUCGUCACCGACGAUGCCAUCGACCUGGGGAAGCGCAAGCGCGACGCUGAUGAUAACGAGGAGGGGGAUGAAGUGGAAGCGGCGGGUGGCGAUGUUGGUUCUGAUUUGGAUGAAAUGAGUGAGGAUGAACUAAGGGAGAUGUUGGAAAAGAACAAACGGGCGAAGGAAGAAGCAAAGAGGGCUGAGGCAGAAGCAAAGAGGGCAGAGGAAGAAGCGAAGAGGAAGGCAGCUGUACAUGAAGAAGAGACAGAGCGAGUAUUGCAAGCCCUGAGCAGGAAACGGGCGCGAAAGGAUGGACAGUAA